ACACACCACAUCACCUAAUAAAUAGUGCAUUUGAUGAAUAGGCCCAUUCGAAUUAGCCUCUAAAAGCGGAAUAAUCUCUCAUGCAGGAGACUUGGCACUGGUGUGCGGCUUUAGCAGGUUCCUGAAAUUUAAAAAAUAAAAAAAGAAUCCCUUAUAAAACAUACAAUAGAGUCCACAAAGGCAAAUCUCUUCCUAAAACACCGCUUUGUAUUACAUAUAGAAACAGAGUGAGCUGAGGCGGAGCCAUGCCGAACACAUCUAAGUCCCAGCCACCCAAGAAGCCGGCUCCGGUGGCGCCGCCGUCACCUAGGUCCGCGGGCGGCGGCGUUGGUGGUCAGUGCCUCUGCUCGCCGACGACGCAUCAGGGUUCUUUCCGCUGCCGCUACCACCGGUCGAUGUCGUCCGCGUGGCUUCGAAGGUCAAACUCGAUGCCCUCCGCCGCCUCCAAAUCCUCUUCCGGCGCUACCUCCGCCUCCGCCGCCGAUCCCGAAGCUCAACCAGCUGAAACUCCUUGAUUGCGUAGAUUCCCGCAUAUCUUCCCUCGUAUCUGAUCUUUCUCUUUUUUUGUAAAUUAUCUUAGAAUAUCUUGGUGCAAAAUUAAAAAAUUUAAAAGUUCAUUCCGAUAGGUUUUGCAUACGGUGAUUUGCUUUUUUGAGUUUUUUCCGUAUUGCUUUGCCCUUGCGAUGCUUUCAUGUGAGUAUACGGCGAAGAAGCAGAUUUAAUGUAUUUAAUUAUUUAUUCAUCUUUUUUCUGCAAAAAGGGUGUAUUUGGGUAAUUUUGACAUUCAA